AGCUGGACGAAAUCAGAGGGAGUUUAUCUUAGGAAAUCACCACUUUUGUCUGUGAGCAGAGAUUAAUCAAGAUGACACAUAACGAAGAGAGGGCUCACUGGUUGAGGGAAGGCGCCAUUGGUUUAGGAGUUGGAGUUCUAUAUGGUCUAACCAACACUUGUGUUGGCCACCCCUUUGAUACGAUCAAAACAAAAAUGCAAGGGCAAGUAGGCUAUGAGAAAACCAACAUGUUCCAGACUUUGACAAAGACACUACGCACACAAGGUGUCAUCGGCUUGUACAGAGGCUGUAUCCCACCUCUGUGGGGCUCAGGUAUCUACAGGUCAACUCAGUUUGCUGUGUUUGAAGCUAUGUACACAUACUUUGACAGUCCAGUAGGCCGCCAUGAGAUACCAGGACUUGCUGGAUUGCAAUUGAGAGUUGUGGGUGCUGGUAUUAUUGCGUCAACUUCCCGAGCUAUCAUAGAAACACCUCUUGAGUAUGCAAAGGUGAGACGGCAGACACAACAGACUUGGCAGCUCCGAAAAGUAUACACUGGCUUUGGGGUGACAUGGGCUAGGACUAUUGGUCUGAUGACUACCUACUUUAUGUUGGUGGAUUCUGUGCGUCGACAUUUCCCAGAUCUUUUCAAGCAGCCAGUUCUUGGUCCCUUUCUUACAUCUGGACUGGCAGCUACGGCAGCAUGGUGGAUAGUUUGGCCACUGGAGUACAUGAAAUGUCAGGUCCAGGCUGACUAUGGAAAUAAAAUGCCUGUUUGGCAGAGAAUGCGACUCAUAAUAAGAGAGAGGGGUGGAUUCUUUGCCUUAUAUCGUGGGAUUAUGCCUGGUACAAUUCGUAGCUUCCUAGCCAACGGGACAAGUAUGAUUGUGAUGUCAUAUGCACAGAAAAAGGUUUCCGAAUUAGGACUGCGUGAUUCUUGAACCAGGUCACUGUGACCUAGUUUCUGUUAAACAUCAGUAUCAUGAAGAUUUAUAUCAAUAGCCUUAUUACAUAUAUUACAUGUACUCAGUAAUCAAAAAUAUUUUGUUUUGUUGGGAAAUGAUAAACUGUCAACCUUCCAACAUUCCGCAAUACUCCAGUAUGGUUGUCCUCAGAAAGAAUAUCUUUAUCCUAGACAACUUUACUACCUUUUAUAGAGAGUAAUGUGUUGUUAUUCUGUCAUGAGGCAUUAGUUAAGUUUUAGAUAUGGUAACUCAUCUGAAAUUCAAUGUAGAAGAAGUUAUUAAUAUUAAGGAUUCCAAAUUUUUUAAAUAUUUGUUGUGACAAUUCUGAAUUUCUUUAAUAAUUUUAGUUUUUUUUUUACAUUGUGUUGAAUGAAAAAUAUCGCUUUAGUAUUACAAUUUGUACAAUAUGCAAGUACCAAAGGGCUUUCAGAAAAAUACCCAGUAGCUGGUAAAGAGAUGUUAAAUAUUGUUACAAUGAUAUUUAAUUUCGCAGUAAAGCUUUACUAUGCAACAACUCAACAAAAAUACUACCAUUAAAAUCAUUAUUGUGUCAACCACCAAGGUACUACUACUAGUGUUACUUUCAGAAAAUUGAAGUUGAGUCAUACAUAUGUUUUGAACAAACUGAUAUCAUGAUUUUGAUAAGCAGACAUCUAUUUUACAAUGCCCUGAUAUUAUUGAUGCUUUUGGUUGACUUUUAUUUUUAACCAUUAUGUAACAUAAUUAA